AUGAUUACAGCAAAAUCAUCAGUAGAAAAUAGAUUAUUUGAUUGGCAAGAACAACAACAGUCAAAUACGAAAAAUGAUAUUGAUGUUACGUUAUUUUGGACAAGAAAUUUUAUAGUUCUAUCAAUUGGAAGUAUUCUAAUAACAUUUAUUGUAACAUUUUUAGCUGUAAUCUAUUGGUGUUCAAAACAACAAAAAUUAUCAAAAACAAAAUCUCAUUCAUCUGAAUUAACAUCUUUUACAACACAUCCUAUUAAUGUUAAAACACCGAGACCAAAAGAAAUCAAAUUAUUUCCUAUUAUACCAAAAUUAGUUCAACCAAAUAUAUCACCAAUAUUAUUGCCUAUUAUUGAAGAUAAUAAUAAUAAUAAUAUUCAUGGUGAUCGAUUUACAACAGAUACAUGUUCAACAGCAGAUUCAUCAUCAUCGUCAACGGCUGUAGCUACAAAAAAAUUUCGAAAAAAAAAUCUAUUAGAAAGGUAA